GUAGCGGUCAGAAUCGAACCGUACAAGCAUUCACCAUGAGGUGUUCCACUGCGUUGGCUUUCUUUGUGCUAUCUUACAUACUCGUCCUUGCAAGUGCUGUUCCAGUCGCUGACAAAUCUCCAUUGGCAGAAUCGCUCGCUCAACUCAGAAAGACACUUGUUCAAUUAGGACUGAAGAUGAAGGAGUGCGCAGACCAAUACUUGGAGCGUGAUGAUCUAGGAACUUCUUUGAACAAGGUCUUCACCAUAUUGGCGAACAGGUUUAACGCGAGAGUGCAAAAGUGGCUUGAACUGUGAAUGACACAUUUUCAGCUAUGGGCAUUACAUAACUUAUAACACAACUGCUUGUUUCUUGACUUUGUAGCAUUGGUGUCUUCUUCCAUUGUGCUUUUGCCUUUUGAUUUGCAAUUACUUCAAAUCGUCGCCGAUAGUUUUAUGGUUGACUUCGGUACCUACUCUGUCGAUGUUCCAAAGUUUUGAUUCCCUUUCUGUAUACUAAAACGUGGUUUUGCAUCGUUCGCAUUUUAUAUACUGUUGACAUGAACGGACACAUCGCUUCCUCCAGUACCAG